AUGCCUGCUCCAAGAGGUGGAAGAGGCGGAGGUUCAUUCAGAGGUCGUGGCUCUGGUUCUCGUGGUGCUAGCUCUCGUGGUGGCUCUCGUGGUGGUCGUGGAGGCCGUGGCGGUCGUGGUGGUCGUGGUCGUGGUGCUGGUCGCAAAGGUUUCACUUCUUCACGAUUGGACGACGUUGACUCGGAAGAUUCCUCCGGUGAUGAAGCUGGUCAAGAUCAAUUGGAGGAGGUUGAAGAUGAUACCUUGAUGGAUGAGGGAUCUAGCAGCGACGAAGACGAAGAAGAAGAACAGACCAACGGACGCCCUUAUAACGAAUUACUCGAACUACUACACGCCAACUCGGAUUCCCAGGCACCAGCCCCGAAGCGGAGAAAGCUCGCCGAAUCAACUACAGAAGAUGCGCCUAUGGAAGACGAAGAAGAGUCUGGGGGUGACGACGAUUUGGAAGCUCAAGCGCCUUCAGACGAUGAGGACGAGGAUCAAGAAGCUGAAGAAGAUGAUGAUGAAGACAACGAUGAAGACGAAGAUGCGGUUGGGCCAUUCGAGAAACACUUUGAUAUCGGAGAGGGAUUCGAACUCACCAAAAAGAUUGCGCAAAUCGAUGCCAACAAAUGGGCCGCGACUAAGAAGGAGGUUGAUGGACUGCGACUGGUGCGCACCGUCCCCGAGCUUGGAGAUGACACUUCAAAUCUGCUUCCGGCAUUGAAAAACACAACCAGCCUUAAGGUCAAGGAAAAGCUCAAGGCUCGUAUCGCAGAGUCUCUGCCCUCCAUCCAGGGCGAUACUCAGCAGAUUGCUCCAUAUGUAUUCGAUUAUCAAGAUGUCCUCUACGGCGCCCGAUCCACAGACACAGCCGAUGCCAUGCGCGAUGUUAUGGCCCUCCACGCUGUCAACCACCUGAUGAAGACCCGAGACCAGGUGCUGAAGAACAAUGCUCGUCUGGUCAAGGACCCUGACACCGAUGUUGAAUGUCGAGACCAGGGAUUCACUCGACCCAAGAUUCUCUACCUUUUGCCUACUCGACAGGCUUGUGUCCGGACUAUCAACUCGAUCACCAAGUUCUACCAAGUCGACCAACAAGAAAACAAAAAGCGUUUCCUCGAUGCCUUCUCCUCAUCCGAUGAGGGAUGGGAUCACAAGACAGAGGAUGCUCGGGAAUUGUUCGGAGGUAACAAUGACGAUAUGUUCAGACUGGGACUGAAGUUCACCCGCAAGACUGUGAAGUACUUUUCGCAAUUCUACAGUUCAGACAUCAUUCUGGCCAGUCCACUGGGUAUGCGGACAAUCAUGGACCAAGCAGAUGCCAAGAAGCGAGACCACGACUUCCUUUCUUCCAUCGAAGUCGUAAUCGUGGACCACGCCGAUGCCUUGCUCAUGCAGAACUGGGACCACGUUUCAUAUAUCUUCCAACAUCUCAACCUCCAGCCCAAGGAAGCCCACGGCUGUGACUUCAGCCGAGUCCGCAACUGGUACCUAGACGACCAAGCCCGACACGUGCGCCAGACGAUCCUCCUCGCAUCCUUCAUCACACCCGAGAUCAACUCACUCUUCUCCACGCAAAUGCAAAACGCCUCCGGCCGCGUCAAGAUCACACCCACAUACCCCGGCGCGAUCACCGAACUUCCCCUCCCCGUCUCCGUCAAACAAACCUUCUCCCGAAUCGACAGUCUCUCGCCCGCCAAGGACCCAGACGCCCGCUUCAAGCACUUCACCUCAACCGUGCUCUCAACAGUAGUCAAGAACAUCACCGCACGCGGCAAGGGCAGCUCAGGCACUCUCGUCUUCGUCCCCUCGUACCUUGAUUUCGUGCGCGUGCGCAACCACUUCGCCACCUCCGCGCAAACGACGCAUAUCUCCUUCGGCGCGAUCUCCGAGUACAGCGAGACUAGCGAGAUGUCGCGGGCACGCAGUCAUUUCAUGAGCGGGCGUCAUUCGGUACUUUUGUACACGGAACGUGCGCACCAUUUCCGUCGGUACCAGAUUCGCGGCGUGAAGCGUAUCGUCAUGUAUGGUUUGCCUGAGAACCCGGUUUUCUACCAGGAGAUUCUUGGAUUCCUGGGGCUUGAUCCGGCUGAGUUGGCUGAGGCUGCGGAGGGUGGUGCGCGGGUACUAUUCUCCAAGUGGGAUGCCUUGAAGCUGGAGCGUGUGGUUGGAACGUCGCGUAUUGGUAAUAUGAUGCGUGAGAAGGGCGGUGAUACAUUUACUUUUAUGUAG